AUGUCGAUCAUCCUCCAAGCCGUAGUGACAAGGCUAGGCCGCAUCAUAGGUAAUCUGGAGUCCGGCCCCACCUCCGUGGAGGCUUCUCAGCUCUAUAGCAUUCUCGAAGCCCUGACCGCUCGGCUUCGCGCAAAGGGUACUCUUAAGAACCCCCCACCAGCCGAGAUACAAACAUCUUCUUCGGAGACGCAGACGAGCAGGCCAAACUCGCCGUCCAACCUGCCGCUCACUAAGGAUGCGCCCUGCAGGAAACGGGGCAAAGCAGCUGCUCCUAGGGCUACCGUUCCCAAGCCGGGAGCUUCGGGAACGCCCAGGGGCACCUCCGCAGAAGAGUCGGGAGGCUCGUCCAAGCAAGCCACCUGGACGGAAGUGGUCGGCAGGAACGGGAGGAAAGCCGCCCGCGACUCCGGUCAGAACUCGCCAGGUGACACGGAGUUUCCCCCCCUCCCCCUACCGACCAGGCCACCACCAAGGAAGCUACCACCGCUGCGUAGCUCCGCUCUGAUAGUUAAGGUUCCCGAGGGGUCCACUUACGAGGACACCGUCAGAAAAAUCCGGCAGUCCGGGGUCAACCCAGACGACUUUGGGGCUACCGUCGCUGGGUUUAGAAAAACAAAGGCCGGUGACGUAGCGGUGGACCUCGGAAAAGGCCAAAAAUCCAGGGCUGCUGCUGAACCUCUGAUGAAGGCGCUUACCGAAAAACUCGACGGAGUAGUCGCCUCUGUCACAAACUCCGGAAACGUGGUGGAAAUGGAGGUCAUCGACCUGGAGCCCACUUCCACUGCUCAAGAGGUCUUGACCGCGGUUCGGGAAGCCCUGUUAGCCGCCAACAACGGGGAUCAGGCUGUAGCCGCAGCUACUCAUUCGGUGACCGUGACCUCGAUGUGGGGCCUCAAGAACGGGCAGCAGGUGGCUAAGGUCAGUGUACCUAGGGCUGCUCGUCCCACCGACGUCGGGAGAGUCAGGGUAGGAUGGACCAGCUGCAGGUUUAGGAUUCGUCGUCCGGACGCUGUUCGCUGCUUCAAGUGCCAUGGUUUCGGCCAUACCCAAAGCGCGUGCACCGGUCCCGAUCUCAGCGGGGCCUGUCGCAAGUGCGGUGAAACUUCGCACAAAGAGAAAGACUGCCGGGUACCGCCGGUUGCAAGGCCAGAUGCUCCGCUGAGUCUUGGCGUUCCAGAAAACCGGUGA